UGCAAAACCUUCUCAUCUCCAAUCAACCACUAUGCUCAUCUCACAAAAGCAGAGGGCAAACACUCCUUAGAAAUUGGCUGCAGUAACUCGAAAACUCCCCAUCUCUAAUCCCAUUUGGUUUGGAACCAUGGAGUUAUUGAUCUUAAGUCUGUAUAUCUUGUUUACCAUCACUUUGGUCCGAGCCCUCCUUUCACUAUUAAGAAGCAGCAAACCAAGCCCAAAACUUCCACCGGGGCCGGUUCCGCUUCCAGUCAUAGGAAGCUUUCUAAAACUAGGUGACAAGCCCCACAAGUCCUUGGCCGAAUUAGCCAAGAUAUAUGGCCCGAUUAUGAGUUUGAAGCUGGGCCAAAAAAUCACAGUGGUCAUUUCUUCACCAGCCUUGGCAAAAGAAAUCCUCCAAAAGCAGGAUCUAGCCUUCUCUUCCAGGUCCAUCCCCAACGCCGCCCAUGCCCAUGGCCACCACAUAUACUCCACGAUUUGGUUGCCAGUGUCAGAUCAAUGGCGUAGCCUCCGAAAAGUCCUCAACUCUAUAAUAUUUUCAGGUAAAAGACUCGGUGCUAGUCAAAACUUACGGCAGCAAAAGGUGAAAGAGCUUAUUGAGUAUGCCGGAAAAUGUUGCCAAGAAGGCGUUGCGGUGGACAUAGGUAGCGCAGUCUUCAAAACAUCCCUGAAUUUGGUAUCCAAUACAUUAUUUUCAAUUGAUAUGGCCGACCCAACUCAAGACUCAGUGAAACAAUUCCGACAUUUGAUUUGGCAGAUCAUGGUAGAGGUCGGUAAGCCCAAUUUAGCGGAUUACUUUUCUAUCCUUGCGAAAAUGGAUCCACAGGGAAUAAGACGUCGGUUGACCAAUCUUUUUGGAGAAACAUUUGUGCUGUUUGGUCGGCUUAUUGAUGAACGGUUAGAGUUGAGAAGAUUGAGGAAGAGUCGUGCAGAAAACGAUGUGAUCGAUAUCCUGCUCAAUAUCAGCGAAGAAACUGGAGAGAUUAACAGAACUCACAUUGAGCAUCUGUGCUUGGACAUAUUUGCAGGCGCAACUGAUACAACAUCAAGCUCAGUUGAGUGGGCAAUGGCGGAGCUGUUGCGCACUCCCAAGACUUUAGAGAAAGCAAAAGCUGAGCUUGAACAAACUAUUGGCAAAGGAAAACCAAUAGAGGAAUCGGACAUUCCACAACUUCCUUACUUGCAAGCAAUCGUGAAAGAGAGCAUGAGGUUACACCCGCCUGCUCCAUUGCUAAUCCCUCGCACUGUUGAGACAGACGUUGAAGUUUACGGCUACACAGUCCCACAGGGAGCACAAGUGCUAGUUAAUGCUUGGGCAAUUGGCCAUGACCCAAGCGUAUGGGAAAACCCAACAUCAUUUAUGCCUGAGAGGUUCUUGGACUUGGAUGUUGAUGUCCGAGGUAGGGACUUUGAGCUGAUUCCUUUCGGAGCAGGACGAAGAAUUUGCCCCGGGUUAUCUCUGGCCAUAAGGGUUGUUCCUUUGAUGUUGGGUUCGCUCAUAAACUCGUUUGAUUGGAAGCUUGAAGGAGGAAUUAAGUCAGAGGAGUUGGACAUGGAUGCCAAGUUUGGCAUUACUGUGCAAAAGGCUCAGCCCCUCUGUGUUGUUCCAUUCCUUGUGUGACAGUUUGAAUAAUUUUGGUUUCUUCCCUGUGUAACAGUUUGAAUAAUUUUGGUUUUCGAUCGGUAAGUAUGCUUGUAAUAUGACGAAACCACCACUAUUGGUUUUCUU